AUGUCGCCGGAUACCAACGGAAACCCCCCGAACGUCGUGAAACGCAAGAAGAAGGUAAACCCGAACAAAAUAUGCGUGGGAUCGAAUCCAUUGAAUUCCACCUGCAAUUGCUACGCCAACGCGCACAUUUGCAACAGAUCCCUACCGUUACCGGACGUCUCGUACUAUUCCGUGGCCAGCAGCACCAACACGUCGCACAUGCUGUCUCUACCCUCGCUUUCGAGCGGCUACAACUACAACAGUUGCCUGUUCGAUGCCAAAACGAUGCCAGACAGCGAGAGCCCCGAAUACUCCAGCUUGCCCACCGUUAACAUGCAACUGAACGAAGCGCCGACGGCCAGGAGAUUCUCCGAUCCCGGGUUGCCCAACGACAGCGAUUCCAGCACGAGCACCAUAGACGAAGGUGUGGUGCACAAAUUGAAGUCUCAAAUCGACUUGCUCGGCGAGAACAACAGGCGAUUGACCAGGGAAGUGGACCAGCUUAAGUUGGAAUUGAAUUUACUCAAGCAGCACAAUUUCAAGAACUACGGUAGGGAAUACGAGCCCGGAUUGAUAUCGGACAUUAUCCGGGAAGUCAGGGACGCCACGAAAGUACGCGAAGAUGCUUUCUUCGCUAGAGUUAAGCAUCUAAUGGAAGAACAACAGCAACAAUUGGGACUUAAUCACAUGCAUUUUUUGAGCGAGAAGCAGAAGAAUAACGAUAGAAUAUCCAAGCUGGAGGAACAAUUAAAAAACUCGGGUCUCGUUACUAACAGGGUGGAAAACAAUAGUUUAUCAUCGACUGUAAAUAGUACAAAUUCGAGUUCUGCCAGGCAAGUGCUGGAAUUGGAAAGGGAAGCUCUGGAAUUGAGACGGGAAUUACAAGAUACGCGAGCCAAGAAGGAAGCUUCUGAUCAGAAAGUCUUAUUAUUAGACAAAAAAAUACAGAAUUUGAUGCGUUGCGAUGAAACGCAAAGUUCGGAUGUCUCCGACGAUAGUAAAAUCGAACUGGAAAGCGUCUGUUCCAGAGAAAAUACCGGCAACAAUUCGUUGGUGUCCCAAAAUCCUAGGAUCACCCUAUCGGGUCCGGUCACGGAUUUAUAA